AGUGUGGCAGUCUCCGCUCACUUCUCCACAGCUAGGGGACUCUGAGAAUAAACAAUUCCCACAGACUACGCGCUACACACCUCAGCCAGAUCGCAGCCGCAGCACCAAAAAAAAAAAACCCCAAAAAAAAAAAAACCGAGGCAUUUUUUUUUGGACUAAAAUUUUGAUUUUUUUUAAGGCCUGCCUCGCCAUUUGUGUUUCCUGCCAAGAGUGUCAAGACGGAUGCGACCAUUUUCAUUGGAUUUGCCUCCUCCUGUCGAGUAGUAACGAUGCGCCUCUCCGGCUGACUGUGGGGUGGACAACGCAGGUUAUGUGGCAGGAGUGCAGGGGAGAAGCUGGGGCUAAGUGAAAAUGCCACUCAUUCCUGAAGAGUCCCUGGCCUCGUCAAGGUCCCCCAUGUGAGAUCUGCAAAGCUGAAAGGCGCCACUGACAGAACCACAGCCAGGCCUUAAGACAGACAUCCAAAACAUCCACAGCCACGGAAUGUGUCAACAUCUUUGUGGUAAAAUCCCGCUGACUCCACACUUGCUACUCACAUAAGCCUGGAGCUGGGCCUUCUGGGAUCUUACGGGGUUUAAAGGCAUACAACAAUGCCUGGGAGGCCCACCUGCCCCAGAUUGCCUCCAAUCAUGGCUGCUGUUUCACCACAGUGCUGACUGUGCCCACUACAGAGAGGGAUCAGAUCCGGCCAGUGCAUCCUUCAGCCCCGUGCAGACACACUCUGUGCAAUUGCCUGCCCUCUUUUUGGUAUUUAGGAAGUGCAUGCCACUGUCAACCAGAUGACCUAGUGGACAUUUGUUUCCCAGUAGUAGUGCUGAACCAUACGAGGGGAUCCUAGUAUUGAACAUGACUCAUGGGGAGGAGCCUGGCCCUGAGACACACAAGGAUUCAGCUGUUCUAACUUAUCUGGAAGGUUUACUGAUGCAUCCAGUGGUAGCCGGGCCUGGGGCCACGGCAAGCGGGAGGUCUGAGGCUGCCCACAGCAACCAGGAGCAGGGUGACAAGGUGGGGGGGCCCUUCCAGCUGCCCAACCAUGGCCCCACUGCUCCCAAGGCUGGAACCAACAGGCCCACUCUUGGUUCUUCGCAGCACCUGAAGAAGGCCCGCCUACUGCGCUCUGGAGCCUGGAAUGAUCCAGGGAACCAGCGGAUAGGUUCACCCCCAAUGGAGCUGAAUGGCCAAGGGGGAGGCCUGCAAAAUGGAGCACUAGAGGGAUCCCCUCAUGCUGGGGAGAGCACCCUGUUGGCUUCCCUGCUUCAGUCAUUUAGCUCACGGCUUCAGAGUGUGGCAAUGUCUCAGCACUCUAAUAAACCCCCCAGUGAGUGUUCCUCUCCCUCAAAGGCACCACCUGCAGACAAAGAGCCACUUCCUGUGUAUGGGACAGCCUCAAGCCGCUUGAAGGGCCUAAUGAGGAAGAGCAAACUUCAAAAUCACAGCAACACACCUUACAGUCGCCGGGGACACAGUCAGGACAGACCCCCAGAAUCACCUCGGUCAGCACACAGUGCCACGCCUCCCUCUGCUCCAACAGCUGCUGAAUCAGUGUCCUGUGCCGAGCGUCUGAAGGCCGUGGCCAACAUGGUGAAAAUCCGUUCUAGUCCAGCACCUUCACCCAAACCCAGUGUGGCCUGCAGUCAACUGGCCUUGCUGCUGUCCAGUGAAGCCCAUCUCCAGCAGUACUCCAGAGAGCAUGCCCUCAAAGCCCAGCUCUCUGGAAGAUCUGCCAGCGAGAGACUAGCUGCCAUGGCAAACCAGCAGCAUGGCCAGGACAAAAGGCCACCUAGUGUUGGAGGGACUCUGCCUGGGGCCCCGGACACACUAAGCUCCUUAACAACCCAAAAUGGAAUGACAACAACAACCACAAUAACAACAACACUCCCUCGAACAGCCCUGUCCAGUCCACAGAGCCCCUCUUUGCUGCGUGGCCAUAGCCAAAGCUCCCCACCCACUCCCCCUCAUGCUCCAAACCACACUCACAGCCAACCACCUAGGGAGAAGCGAGGCUUUGACUCACGUCCAACCCGUCCCCCCCAGACAUGCAGCAGCUUGCUGCUGCUGCUACUCAACAACCACAACAACCAGAAGCAGCUGACCAAGAAUGGCCACCUGGAGGACAGCUGUGGCAUUCUGCCGCCAAGCGGCUCCUCUUCAGUCACAUCGGACAGCGAGUGCUCCAUUCAGGAGAGGAGCCUGACCAAGGACAGCAGUGAUGCAGAGAGUUCCUACUCGAGUUGCUCUCCCAUUGACCUCUCCAUGAGAAGCCGGGCGAAUACACAAGACACAGGGCCCAAAACUACCACCCCCUCUUCCUCCUUUGCCUCCUUCUCUUCUUCCACCUCUACCCUCUCUUCUUCCACCACAGUGUUUUCCUCGACUCCAGUUGCAUUCUCUCCUCAAGCUUCUGCUCAACCCUCCACCACAACCUUUUCACCAUCCUCUACUGUCGUCUCCUCUGUUUCCACUGCUAUUUCUUCCUCUUCCUCCUCCUCUAUCUCUACCUCCUCCCUUGACAAACUAACAGAAUCUUUAAUAAACAAGUGGAAGCCAGAGCCAUCAGGAUCAAAGGUGUCGAAGAACACGGAGCCUGAAAUGAGCCCAGACAUAAAAUCCCACCCUAAAGUCACACUUAUGCAGCUUCUUCUUGAGCGCAGAAAUAAUGAAAUGGUUAAUAAAAGCGUAGGUAACCAGGAUUUACCACUUGAUAUAACUAUGGCCACCAUGUCUCGAGGCCAACCAAAGGGACUGGUGCCCUGGGAGGAGACCAGGACAAAAAGCCCCAUAGAUAGACCUGUAGCCCCAGCCCAGCCCCUCUACUCAAUGAGUCGUGACCCUAGCGGCGCACUGUCCCCUUACUCUUACCCCUCCCCCCAUGUCCAGUCCAGCCCAUUGGAUUUGUGUAAGUCUAAAGCCUUCCCUGCUGAAAAGGCUUCAGAGCCUGCGUUCAGUGCCAGUAAACUGUUACAGAAUCUGGCUCAGUGUGGCACAGCUUCUUCCCCACCCAUCCCCUCCAACAAAGGGCUGGGUCAGGAGCCCGAUGCCAGCAGGCCCCUUGCCCUAUUGGAAAGGCUCAAUGCUCCAAUCCACAGGACGACCACUCCACUCUCUGACGGACCAUCAGGCAGUGGCACACCUUUCAGUCGGAAGGAAGCUUCUCCUCCUUCAUCACAGAUUGAGAACCUUCUAGAGAGGCGUACCGUGCUGCAGCUCCUUCUAGGAACAGGCUCGGCUACUGCUACAGUCAGCCGCAAAGAUAGGCCCAGUGGCAGUGGCAGGAGGAGUGUGGACGUGGCAGGGGGGUGCUAUGAGAAGAGCCCUGUUGCUUCCAUUAUCUGUGACAGCUCCAAUGGGCCCCCUUUGGACAUAAAGGUCAAAACGGAACUCACGGAAGACGUGGGACCCUCCCCGGCCAUGUCUGAGGACUCGAGUGGCAGAAAGAGACCUAGUGGCUAUGUGAAAAAUAGCCCCAUUUCAGAUUCUCAGCAGGACUUUAAAACAGAACCACGGCCUGCAGAGGUCAUAGCAAAAUAUGGCCUCCUCAGUCAGUUGCUUAAACAACAGACUGCUACCUACUAUACCAGUGCUGCUAUGCAGGUUGAGUCACAGCCCAGACAGUUUAAAGAGGAACAGAGGGAGUAUCCAAGCCCCAGUCCUAAGAAGAGACGCCUCUACUCUGAUCGGACUGAUAGUUUAAAUAAUACCAGCUCUCCAAGAGCAGUAGACAGUGGCAACGCAAACAUUUUUGCCUCUUCUGCUGUUCAGGAAGAGCCUGACCAGCAGAGGAGUCUGAAGGAAGAGGAGGCUCCACCCAGGAGCCCACCAAGUGAAACCCUCACCAGAGAGAGUCGUGGCUUCAAUGUGCUCAAACAGCUGCUGCUCUCUGACAACUGUCUGAAGGAGCUGUCCCAGCAGCCCCGCGGGACACCCAGUCCUUCCGUCCUGCAGGCCAAUGGCAAGGCCAACGGCAGCAUUCUCAGUCAGCCUGCCCAUAAUCACAGCUUCCUCCAGCUGCCCGGCUGGCACCCCCAUGGUUCCCUCAACUCAGGGCUUCCGAGUAAUCUCAGACCACUGCCCACCCCCCCUGCAGGUGACAGCCCUAUCCAUACCCCCUGGAGCCGCCACCCAGCUCCAUGGCCGGUGAGUCAAAAACGGGACCCCCCUACUCUAGUCAAACAGGAGCCUGAGAGCCCUGUGCAAUGGAGUAGUCAGGAGAAUGAGGAGGAGGAAGGUUGUGACUCAAACCUGGACUCUCCACGGCUCUCGCGUUCCAACCCUAUCCUGUAUUACAUGUUGCAGAAAGGCAGCAUUCAGCUGAGGAAGGAGGUGAGGGAUCAGGCAGAGGGAACCCAAUCUGUGGUCAGAGUCAAAGAAGAGCCAAUUAGUGACAUGCAUGCCUAUGAACACAGUCUGAGUUCCACCCCGCAAUCACCGACCCACAAUGACAAGCACAGCCAUGAGAGCCAGGGGCUGAGCCAAUCAUCUGAAUAGAAGUUGUAUCAACUACAGAAAAAUACAAAACGGAAUCGAAUACAUUGACUCUUUGUUUUUCCUUUUUUAAUGACUUGCCAAAUUGGUUUGAUGAGACAAAUAACAAAGAAUGCAAAAUGAUUUUUUUUUAGUGGAAUAGAGCAAGUUAAAAUUCAAAUGCAUACUUCAAAUGCAUACUUACAUUGAUUUCUCAAUUUAAAUAGUGAGGUCAUGGAAUGGUACAAAACAGGUCUAUCUUAGAAAAUAUCUAAUUGAUUCAACCAAAACUACACAACUUUCACAAUUUUAACUUUUCCCAUCAGUGAUUAUCAUGCACUACAUAAUUAAUUUUGUCCUUUACAAUUUGGUCUUGUUUUACACUUAUUAUUGGUAUCUAAAUUGUACACAUAUCACUAUUCCAUGUCCUCUUUGUUGUCUGCCAUAAAACAUUUAGAAAGAACAUUUCAGGCAACAUUUAUUAUUGAUGACUCCAAAAAUGUUAGCGCUCAGUUCAGUGGACAUUUAUUUAUUUUCUCCAUUAGAACAUUUUCAGAUAGACAGAGUCCCAUCAAUUUUAGAUAAGAUUCCAAAUAAAGUCAUUCUAGGGCAGACACAGCGGUCUAUUACAACAAUGUACAUGAUAAAUUCAUUCAAAGGAGGACCUUGAAAACAAUAUUCACACUGCAAUAGCUUCAGUGAGGAUCCUACCAUGACGAAUGCUUUGUCUUGCUUUUCCUCAAGAUUCAUGGUGUGGUAUAAUUACAAAUGGAGUAAGAAUAUAUCAAUGGAGGUUUGAAUGGUCACAAUUCAUUGAAUUAUGCUUUUAUUUUAAUUUAACUUUUAAGGGCAAUAUUCGACGGUGCAAAUUCAGGGUGAUGUGUUUGCAGAUUGUGCAGUUUUGAGCAAACGAGUCAACAGAGCAUGUGUGGUGCUUACAGUUGAGCAACUGUAUGUUAACAGGUUUGUAGAGCAACAGUUAAAAGGCUGCAGUGUCUAAGAAACUUAUCUUAUCAUCCUGGGUAAACCCGCACCACUUUUCUUCAUGCACACAAAAACUUUGAGUGUGAAGCACAUGGCUUUUUCUUUUCAUUUCAUAUAACGAAGCACCCAGAGUUUGCACUAUCGAAGCUGAGUCCUCAUUGUCCUUUUCAGAAUAAUUUAACGGCAUGUAAUAAAAAAAAAUAUGUCAGUAUUGUUAUCUGUUGAGAAUUUGACAGUUUGUGGGGGGGUUUUUCAUCAUUUCUUAACUGUUGUGGUUUAUGGACAUAUUUUAUUUUUGUGGCAGUCUCUUAACUCAUAAAAUGUCAAAAGAAUUGCAUGAUAAUUAAGAGAAGACCACAGGUACAUAUUUGUUUUCAAAGCAGCUGGAUAUGUCCUGCCCCCCAAUAAUCACCAAGACAUUUUGGUGUCUUGAGGGAUAUCUGGUAUCCAGCUGCUUAUUUUGAUUGUACUGUAUUCUUUUCAGUUAAUUUCACACACUGCUUUAUCCAUUUAGUCUUGUGAUCUUUUUAAUACAUAUACCUAUGAAGUACGUCUCUUCAAUUAUUAAUACAUUUUCACAAUGGUUAAAUAUAUUUGUGUAAAUAGUACUUUCAGUAUGAAAGAUGACUAUUUUGUAAUGUUUAAGAAAAGAUAUUACCCUAGUUUUUAAUGCCCUGAUAUGUAAAUAUGAAUUAUAUGCGUACAAGUGUACAUACAAAGGCAGAGGAUGCUACGCCCAUCUUUUUUUGGUUGGUUUGUUCUUUGCAUGUGUCUCUAUGUGGUAAAUGAUAAUCUAUCCUGCGCUGUGUUGUGUAAUAAUGUCUGACUCUCCUCACUGCUGCCUGUUGCAUGCAGACGCAUGGGAACUACCUGUGUAUCCCUACUGGUGAUGGGGGAAAAUGUCAAGUCUUAAAAUAGGUCUUUUUUUAUCACAGAGAGAGGUUCGUUUAGAAUAUGAACGGUCCCUAAAUAACCACAGACUGUUGAGCAAGUUGAUUCAAAUGUGUGAAAAAUAAACGUGCAUUGAAUAUUUUUGUGAUUUUCUUUUCUGUUACUGGUUAACAAAGCUCUGUGAAAGAGCUUGGGGCUAUAGUGGGGGAUUGACGUACAAUCAUAGAUCUGCAUUGUGCAUCUAAGAAAUACAUUUGUAGCAGCAAAUAUAAAAAAAAAAGGUGUUUCAUUUUUUCAUGUGAAGACCUGAAACAUUAUUUCAUUUUUUAUGUUUUCAUUUUUGGUGUUCAUUUGCACUGAUAUCUCAGAAAUAAAGUACUGAAAUGCA